GGGAUCAAUUGAAGAGGUAAUUUUAGAGCGUGCAAAGCAGAAGAUGGGUAUUGAUGCCAAGGUCAUCCAAGCUGGACUUUUCAAUACAACUUCUACAGCUCAAGAUAGAAAAGAGAUGUUGGAGGAAAUCAUGCGUAGAGGAACAAGGUCACUUGGAACUGAUGUGCCAAGUGAGAGAGAGAUCAACCGGCUUUCAGCCCGAACUGAUGAGGAGUUCUGGAUGUUUGAGCAAAUGGAUGAGGAGAGGAGAGUAAAGGAGAAUUACAAAUCCCGUCUAAUGGAAGAACACGAGGUACCUGAGUGGGUAUAUUUUGCACUUAACGCUAAGGAAGACAAGGGCAAACAUUUUGAAAGCAAUAAUGGUGGCUUGGGGAAGCGGAAAAGGAAGGAAGUGGUUUAUUCUGACACAUUAAGUGAUUUACAGUGGAUGAAGGCUGUGGAACAUGGAGAAGACAUGGCAAAGUUAUCAAGUAAAAGGAAGGGGAGGGACCAUCUUUCCCCUGAGGGCAAUGAACUGGCUACUAAUAACUUAGGAGCAGAGAAAAAGCUUAGUGAAUUAAGGAAUGAGAAUGUACCUGCUGCAAGUGAAGGAACAAGUGAAGAAACCUCUGGUUCGGCACGAAAGAGAUUCAAGUCUCAUGGGGGAAUCAUAGAGAAAUCACCUAAGAUACUCAUUUCUGAUUUGGGCAUGCCUGAGACACCCAAAUAUCAAGGUGUAGCAAAGGCUGAAGAUUCAACAAGCUCCUGGAAGGGGCAAAUAAUUACAUGGAAUACCCAUAAGAAGAAGAGAUCAUCAAACUAUUCUUUUCCGAGUUCUUCAUCAGAUUCAAGGGGGCAGCAUUCCAAUGGGAGAGGGAAUGGCUUGAUGUAAAUGUUUCAUAAAAAAAAAAAAAAAAAAAAAA